AUGCAGUCAGUCAAACUAUUACUGUCUCAUGCUUCAUACCAGGAAGAGUUUGUACCGGAUACAUCAGUGUUACGCUCAAGGUGAGUACCUAGCUAAUUAUCGAAUUGAGAAAAGCGGUAGCCGGGGGCUAAAUGCAUCGAUUCCGCAUGUGUUUACUGCUGCUCGUUAACCCUUUACACUUGUGGGAAUUGGCCUAUAUGGAUAGGGCUAAAUUUAAAUGUUUCUUACAAAAUAAUUAUGAAAAGCAUAUCCAUAAACAUGCUAGCAACUGAAAGGGAACAGAUAAUUAGACCAAAGUUGAGACACAACAGUUCACCUGACAUAAGACUGAAUCAAAACAUUACAUUGUUGAUUUUAUGUGCAUUUUACCUUUACUGUAGUUUUCACUGCAUUUGUUGAUAAUGAAAUCAGAAAAUACUCUGGAUACAUUCAGUAACAUGAUAAGAAUAUUCCUGGAGAAUGUGGGGUAGGUGUAACAUAAGACCAAAAAAAUGACAAGGGUUUGAGUGAGAGGACUAACUGGUGUCUCCAAAUGGCCAAACACACCUCUCUAAAGUGUGCACAGUUCCUAAGAAAUUUCAAUGAACUUUUAUGACUCAAAGAAGAGUCUUCGUCUAUAAUUAUUAUUAUUUUUUGCUCCCCUAGCUAUGCAGCUGAGGAACUAGAGCAAGCACACUUGUAGUUGUUUUGUUUGGAACUCAACCCUGCAUCCCCUCCAUCCCACAAUUACUGUUUUUGUUUACACAAUCCAAAAACGGAUCAUUUAUAAAUCGCAAUCUGGGUCAGGUGGGCAUCAUUUGAAAUCUUGUUCUAUUGUCAACAUGACUAGCUAAUUUAUAAAGUACGAUCUUACAGUGUUAGGCUUUCGGAAGGCAAUUCAGCUAAACAGAUUGUAUGUUUGGUGCUCAUAGAAAGGAGUCAUGAGUACAUUCAUGUGUGUGUUCUGCAGCUAAUUUUUUUCAAAAUAGAUAAACAUAGGCUAAUUCUGCUCACAACAACCAUGGGUAUGAACAUAGUGAUCAACAUAGUGAUCAUAAAUGUUGACACUGAUAUGACAUGAGUUUUAUGAUAUGGAAAUGUGAAGUGUACAUUUGGAGUCACGGCUUGCUUGUAUGACAUCAAAGUGGUAUUUAUUAUAAUCCGUAACAUCUCAUCUUUCCAAAUACAUCGAGUCCUCUUAAUUUACAGCAUUUCCCUGACUCAUACAACCAAAAAUAGGCAAAAGUUGCACAUUUACGGGAGGGAUGGGGACAACUUGUCUCGUGUGAUGCUUAGUACAUUUUACACAAAUGUAUGUUUCUGAUGCAUAACAAUGCAACAGGCUGUUUUCAACCAGAUACAUUGUUUUUCUGGUUCAGCUGCUCUUUAAAGAAUGCUUAAGACUUUUCCCUGAGUUCCAAACUGACCCCUAGCCCAUCCUCCCUAGACACUCCUAUAGAUCUGAAGGGGUUGGAUAGGCGCAAGCAAUUUGGCGGAAAUUGCAUCAAGCCUUUCAAAAGGCAAAGGUGAAGCAAGAACAGUACCUUAUUGCCUAUACAUAUCCAAUUUUGCUAGCAGAUACUGGAAUAUGUUCCGGGAUUCAUCCAAUGGCAUUGAGGAGUUUACUACAUCAGUCACCGGCUAAAUUAAUAAGUGCAUUGACGACGUCGUCCCCAGAGUGACUGUCCAUACACUAUAUAUACAAAAGUAUGUGGACACCCCUUCAAAUUAGUGGAUUCGGCUAUUUCAGGCACACCUGUUGCUGACAGGUGUAUAAAACCGAUCACAAAGCCAUGCAAUCUCCAUAGACAAACAUUGGCAGUAGAAUGGCCUUACUGAAGUGCACAGUGACUUUUAACGUGGCACCGUCAUAGGAUGCCACCUUUCCAACAACGCAGUUCAUGACAUUUCUGCCCUGCUAGAGCUGCCCUGGUCAACAGUAAGUGCUGUUAUUGUGAAGGUGAAACGUCUAGGAGCAACAACGGCUCAGCCGCGAAGUGGUAGGUCACACAAGCUCACAGAACGGGACCGCCGAGUGCUGAAGCGCAUAGCGCUUAAAAAUCAUCUGUCCUCUGUUGGAACACUCACUACCAAGUUCCAAACUGCCUCUGGAAGCAACGUAAGCACAUGAACUGUUCGUCGGGAGAGUCAUGAAAUGGGUUUCCAUGGCCGAUCAGCCGCACACAAGCCUAAGAUCACCAUGCGCAAUGCCCACCGCCGGCUGGAGUGAUGUAAAGCUCGCUGCCAUUGGUCUCUGGAGCAGUGGAAACGCGUUCUCUGGAGUGAUGAAUCACGCUUUACCAUCUGGCAGUACGACGGAUGAAUCUGGGUUUGGGGGAUUCCAGGAGAACGCUACCUGCCCCAAUGUAUAGUACCAACUGUAAAGUUUGGUGGAGAAGGAAUAAUGGUCUGGGGCUGUUUUUCAUGGUUCAGGCUAGGCCCCUUAGUUCCAGAGAAGGGAAAUCUUAACGCUACAGCAUACAAUGACAUUCUAGAUGAUUCUGUGCUUCUAACUUUGUGGCAACAGUUUGGGGAAGGCCCUUUCCUGUUUCAGCAUGACAAUUCCCCCGGGCACAAAGCGAGGUCCAUACAGAAAUGGUUUGUCAAGAUCGGUGUGGAAGAACUUGACUGGCCUGCACAGAGCCCUGACCUCAACCCCAUCGACCACCUUAGGGAUGAAUUGGAACGCCAACUGCGAGCCAGGCCUAAUCGCCCAACAUCAGUACCGACCUCACUAAUGCUGUUGGGGCUAAAUGGAAGGAAGUCCCCGCAGCAAUGUUCCAACAUAUAGUGGAAAGCCUUUCCAGAAGAGUGGAGGCUGUUAUAGCAGCAAAGGGGGACCAACUCCAUAUUAAUGCCCAUGAUUUUUGUAAUGAGAUGUUCGACGAGCAGAUGUCCACAUACUUUUGAUCGUGUAGUGCAGGGUUUCUGAAACUCGGUCUUGGGCAGUGUUUUGCGAAGCCAUGGCUUUGUCAUUGUAGAUUUUGUUUCCCAUCUCCCUAUGGUUGCCUGGGGCAUUAACCCACCCUUUUUCAUAGGUUUAAAUUAAGGUUAGCUGUCUUGUUUUGUGAAACCCUUUUCAUAAUUGUUCAAAUGGAUGUUAUAUGAUAGACCCCUCUGCAAAACAUGACUUAGUACUUGGUGGCAAAACCCUUGUUGGCAAUCACAGAGGUCAGACGUUUCUUGUAGUUGGCCACCAGGUUUGCACACAUCUCAGGAGGGAUUUUGUUCCACUCCUCUUUGCAGAUCUUCUCCAAGUCAUUAAGGUUUCGAGGCUGACGUUUGGCAACUCGAACCUUCAGCUCCCUCCACAGAUUUUCUAUGGGAUUAAGGUCUGGAGACUGGCUAGGCCACUCCAGGACCUUAAUGUUCUUCUUCUUGAGCCACUCCUUUGUUGCCUUGGCCGUGAGUUUUGGGUCAUUGCCAUGCUGGAAUACCCAUCCACGACCCAUUUUCAAUGCCCUGGCUGAGGGAAGGAGGUUCUCACCCAAGAUUUGACGGUACAUGGCCCUGUCCAUCGUCCCUUUGAUGCGGUGAAGUUGUCCUGUCCCCUUAGCAGAAAAACACCCCCAAAGCAUAAUGUUUCCACCUCCAUGUUUGACGGUGGGGAUGGUGUUCUUUGGGUCAUAGGCAGUAUUCCUCCUCCUCCAAACACGGCGAGUUGAGUUGAUACCAAAGAGCUCGAUUUUGGUCUCAUCUGACCACAACACUUCCACCCAGUUCUCCUUUGAAUCAUUCAGACGUUCAUUGGCAAACUUCAGACGGCCCUGUAUAUGUUCUUUCUUGAGCAGGGGGACCUUGCGGGCACUGCAGGAUUUCAGUCCUUCACGGCGUAGUGUGUUACCAAUUGUUUUCUUGGUGACUAUGGUCCCAGCUGCCUUGAGAUCAUUCACAAGAUCCUUCCAUGUAGUUCUGGGCUGAUUCCUCACCGUUCUCAUGAUCAUUGCAACUCCACGAGGUGAGAUCUUGCAUGGAGCCCCAGGCCGAGGGAGAUUGACAGUUAUUUUGUGUUUCUUCCAUUUGCGAAUAAUCGCACCAACUGUUGUCACCUUCUCACCAAUCUGCUUGGCGAUGGUCUUGUAGCCCAUUCCAGCCUUGUGUAGGUCUACAAUCUUGUCCCUGACAUCCUUGGAGAGCUCUUUGGUCUUGGCCAUGGUGGAGAGUUUGGAAUCUGAUUGAUUGCUUCUGUGGACAGUUGUCUUUUAUACAGGUAACAAGCUGAGAUUAGGAGCACUCCCUUUAAGAGUGUUCUCCUAAUCUCAGCUUGUUACCUGUAUAAAAGACACCUGGGAGCCAGAAAUCUUUCUGAUUGAGAGGGGGUCAAAUACUUAUUUUCCUCAUUAAAAUGCAAAUCAAUUUAUAACAUUUUUGACAUGCGUUUUUCUGGAAUUCUUUGUUGUUAUUCUGUCUCUUACUGUUCAAAUAAACCUACCAUUAAAAUUAUGGACUGAUCAUUUCUUUGUCAGUGGGCAAACGUACAAAAUCAGCAGGGGAUCAAAUACUUUUUUCCCUCACUGUAAGGUUAACACCUCCGAUACAGAAUUACUGUAACAUUCUAAAUGAACCCGCAGUGCACUUUACCUCUAUCUGCAAUUGAUUGAAUUGGAGCUUUAGUUUAGAGAGAGAGGUACUGCACGUAUAGGUGCACACCUUGAAUACAGCAUUUUAUAUUCUGACUGAACUCACAGUGUGGUUCCCUCUAUUUACAAUGGAUUGAAUAUUGAAUUAGUCUAGACUCUAGAGAGAGGUUCUGGACGUGUUUGUAUGUUUUGUGGUUGAAAGACAGCUUCUCUGACAGCCUUUGAAUGUCAUUCAGUCUCAUCCCCCUUCUCUCCAAGGGUGCUAGCUGUCUCCACAGCCCGCCUGUCAGCCACCCGCUACCCAUCAUGGAGGGAGGCUCCAUGGGACAUCUGCUCAGCUAGACGUGCCCAAACUGUUUGGGAAAUGGAACAUGAAGGAGAAACUCCAUUGGUCUAUUGUUUUUCUUGGUUGGUGAUGGCAUACAAGGCUGUGACGAUUUGGAAUGAUAGGAAUAUUUUUCACAGAAAUGUUGAUUACCAGUAUGGUAUGGUGUUUCAACUUCACUUAAAGUAUGUUACAUGGAGAUAUGGUAUUGGAUGAUCUGUGUCCAUUACAAAGAUCAAUAUAGGCCAGGGUUUGAGGAGAAAUAAGGACAUUGAUACCCUAAGGUGUAAAAACAGUGAAAGUAUGAAGACAGUGGAGUUGCAAAUAUGUAAAACAAAAGGGGACACACCAUCAUUAUUUACCCAAUAUUUGACCUAUAAGUACUGUAUAAGUACUAUAUAUAUAUAUAUAUAUAUAUAUAUAUAUAUAUAUAUAUAUAUAUAUAUAUAUAUAUAUAUAUAUAUAUAUAUAUAUAUAUAUAUAUAUAUAUAUAGUUGAAGUCAAUACCUUGACUUUGUUGUCCUUAAGCCAUUUUGCCACAACUUUGGAAGUAUGCUUGGGGUCAUUGUCCAUUUGGAAGACCCAUUUGCGACCAAGCUUUAACUUCCUGACUGAUGUCUUGAGAUGUUGCUUCAAUAUAUCCACAUAAUUUUCCUUCCUCAUGAUGCCAUCUAUUUUGUGAAGUGCACCAGUCCCUCCUGCAGCAAAGCACCCCCACAGCAUGAUGCUGCCACCCCCGUGCUUCACAGUUGGGAUUGUGUUCUUCAGCUUGCAAGGUACCCCCUUUUUCCUCCAAACAUAACGAUGGUCAUUAUGGCCAAACAGUUAUAUUUUGGUUUCAUCAGACCAGAGGACAUUUCUCCAUAAAGUACGAUCUUUGUACCCAUGUGCAGUUGCAAACCGUAGUCUGGCUUUAUUAUGCAGGUUAUGGGGCAGUGCCUUCUUCCUUGCUGAGCGGCCUUUCAGGUUAUGUCGAUAUAGGACUUGUUUUACUGUGGAUAUAGAUACUUUUGUACCUGUUUCCUCCAGCAUCUUCACAAGGUCCUUUGCUGUUGUUCUGGGAUUGAUUUGCACUUCUCACACCAAACUAUGUUCAUCUCUAGGAGACAGAACACGUCUCCUUCCUGAGCGGUAUGACGGCGGCGUGGUCCCAUGGUGUUUAUACUUGCAUACUAUUGUUUGUACAGCUGAACGUAGUACCUUCAGGCGUUUGGAAAUUGCUCCCAAGGAUGAACCAGACUUGUGGAGGUCUACAAUUAUUUGGCUGAUUUCUUUUGAUUUUUCCAUGAUGUCAAGCAAAGAGGCACUGAGUUUGAAGGUAGGCCUUGAAAUACAUCCACAGGUACACCUCCAAUUGACUCAAAUGAUGUCAAUUAGCCUAUCAGAAGCUUCUAAAGCCAUGACAUGACAUGAAUUUCCCAAGCUGUUUAAAGGCACAGUCAACUUAGUGUAUGUAAACUUCUGACCCACUGGAAUUGUGAUACAGUAAAUUAUAAGUGAAAUAAUCUGUCUGUAAACAAUUGUUGGAAAAAUUACUUGUGUCAUGCACAAAGUAGAUGUUCUAACCGACUUGGCAAAACUAUAGUUUGUUAACAAGACAUUUGUGGAGUGGUUGAAAAACUAGUUUUAAUGACUCCAACCUAAGUGUAUGUAAACUUACGACUUCAACUGUAUAUAUAUAUAUAUAUAUAUAUAUAUAUCACAUCAAUCUACACACAAUCCCCCUUAAUGACAAAGCGAAAACAGGUUUUUACAUAAGUAUUCAUACCCUUUGCUAUGAGAUUCGAAAUUGAGCUUAGGUGCAUCCUGUUUCCAUUGAUCAUCCUUAAGAUGUUUCUACAACUUGAUUGAAGAACACAGUGGCCUCCAUCAAUCUUUAAUGGAAGAAGUUUGGAACGACCAAGACUCUUCCUUGAGCUGGCCGCCUGGCCAAACUGAGCAGUCGGUGGAGAAGGGCCUUGGUCAGGGAGGUGACCAAGAACCCGAUGGUCACUCUAACAGAGCUGCAGGGUUCCUCUGUGGAGAUGGGAGAACCUUCCAGUAGGACAACCAUCUCUGCAGCACUGCACCAAUCAGGCCUUUAUGGUAGAGUGGCCAGACAGAAGCCACUCCUCAGUAAAAGGCACAUGACAGACCACUUGGAGUUUGCCAAAAGGCACCUGAAGCAAAUUUGAAUACAUUUUAGAAUCAGGCUGUAAUGUAACAAAAUGUGGAAAAAGUCAAAGGGUCUGAAUACUUUCCGAAGGCACCGUAUCUAUUUGCAUGAAUCUAAAACCCUAUAAGGAUCUGUAUUCUCAGAUGUACUAUGGCAAAUCUGAAGUGUUUACUAUCCUGGGUCAGGUUCAUUAGAACACAUCACAGUAAAACGUUUUGCGACCGAAAACACAAACAAGCAUAUCUUAUUGGAGAUGUUCAGAUUGUGCCUCCUCGUUUCACUCGGUUUCAGAAUAGUUUUGUCCGUUUUGCGCCUAAUGAACAUGACCUUCUUGUCUGUCCAGGUCUGACCACACUGCAGGUGGUGCUGGACACAGCUGCAGAAAGGAAGUGGCAUGUGACAGCCAUCAACGUGGGCAACCUGAAGGACGAGAGGAAAGACGAGGCCUACCGCUCCCUCUUCCAGGACCUGGAGAACAAGAAGGAGAGACGGGUCAUCCUGGACUGUGAACAGGACAAAGUCAAAGACAUUAUGGAACAGGUAAACGUAAAAGCUCAGUCCUCUGGUACUUUAUGCUGGACCUGAUGUUAGAGCAGUGUUAUAUUGAACAGCUAUUCUACUAUGACUGAGCUGAUGAUGACGGCAAUGAUGAGUGUGUGUAAUGCAGCAAUUGAGAUUUUGUUGGUGUGUGUUUGUGUCUAACUCCCUAUGUGUGGGUGAGUGUCAUCCUUGCCUGCAAACAAUUCACACCUACCCCCCCCCCCAAGUGGACUGAGGCCUUUCAACAAUCCCCCUAAUCGUUAAAUUAGACUGCAACAAAAGGCCACAGAGAUUCACAUAAACUGGUUAUGUAUAAAUCAUCCCUAGCCCGUGUGAGAGUAUAUCAAUGAGUUUUUAAGGCAAGUAGACGUGUGUUUAACCAAAUGCUGAAAUCAAUGCGUAUUCCCCUCGCUGCUGCAUGCUAAAGGUUUUAUCUGAGAGAAACAUAAUCAAACCCGGGCACAGUUUUAUGCCAAAGGAAGUCACGGACAAUACAUUUUUAUUCAAAUGAUUAUUUAAAUCUCUUUAUGUAACUGGCUUUCUAAGUGGAGGUGUCACUCAUGUGGUGGGAUUAGCUGCAGGUGUGUCAUUUGAGGUAGUUAGUGAAAUGGCUUUUGAGGUAGUUAUUGAAAUGGGCUUCCUGUUUUGGUUCGUUACUGACAAGUGCUAGCACUGGCAGGUGGCAGUUUUUCGUGACUGUAAAUAAAGCCAAUAAGAAUAACACUCAUGACUGCUGUAGCAUGCGGAAUAUGAUUACUUGGAGACUGUCUUGUUUGGUUUCCAUGUCAUUAGGGUUUCAUAUAUGAUCUGUUCUGUUUACCUAUCUGAUCUUGCCCCCAGGUUAUCACCAUUGGCAGACAUGUGAAAGGCUACCACUACAUCAUUGCAAAUUUGGUAAGAUUUCACACCUCAGCGGUGGAAUUGGAAUCUCAGGGAGAACAUAGUGACUUGUAAAUAAUUUAUUAAGCUAAAUGCAUAGUGAUGAGACAUUGAGAAGCCAUAGUUAUUGUCUUCCAAUUGAAUCCCUUAUGUAUUGCCCAAUUAGUUAGUUUUGAGUAAUAAUUCCCUUCCUGUUUUGUCUUUCAGCUGACAUUUGUAUGAUGGCAAACAUUUCCAUUUCAUGUCUGUGCUUGGAUUUCCUUGUUUUAAUUUCAGGGUUUCGUUGAUGGAGACCUCUCCAAAAUCCAAUAUGGAGGAGCCAACGUCUCAGGUUUCCAGAUUGUGGAUUUCGAUGACCCGUUGGUUUCCAAAUUUGACCAGAGGUGGGAGGCUCUGGAGGAGAAGGAGUACCCUGGUGCCGACAGUAAGAUUAGGGUAAGUAUAAAUCCACAUGGGGGUUUAGUUGGUUGAGAGGCACUCAGUUAGCAUCUCUCCAUCCCUGGGAGCUGUGAAGUGUUUGCAGCUUAAAAAUGUUUUGCCCUUAUUCUCGCUCACACAUACUGUGCGUGCACACACCCAGACACACAGCCACUUGCACACUAACGUCCUCACAACCCCUCUCAGACACACACCACCUCUUCCUCCCCCUCCCUUGUGUCCCCAUUUAUCCCCCACACACUUACACACCCUUCCCCUUCUGUUCUAUUGCAGUACACAUCUGCGUUGACCUACGACGCGGUGCAGGUGAUGACGGAGGCCUUCCGCUACCUGCACAAGCAGCGCAUUGACAUCGCCAGAAAGGGCAACAACGGCGAUUGUCUGGCCAACCCCGCUGUGCCCUGGGCGCAGGGAGUGGAGAUUGAACGAGCGCUCAAACAGGUGACAGCAUGGGGUUGCCGUGGCAACGGCUGGCUGGCAAUACCACAUACACACACACACUCACACAGAGACUGAAGUGUAAGGACGCACAAAAACAUACACACACAUUCUCCCCUGAGCUAGCAAUGACAAUAGUCUUCCCACACACUUUUGGGAUUUCUACCCUGAGCAUCCAGCUUCAGAGCUUAGACGAGGCAAUGUGAAUCCAGAUCUGUGUGGAAAAAGUAAAUUGGUCUAUGAAUGAGGUAUUUAAUGGUGGCGUCUUGCCAUUCUGCCGCUGUGCUUUUGUGUCCUUUUAGGUUCGUGUGGAUGGCCUCACAGGGAAUAUUCAGUUCGAUCAAUAUGGCAAACGAGUAAAUUACUCAGUUAACAUCAUGGAGCUGAAGAAUAAUGGUCCUGUGAAGGUAUGCUAGUGUUUCUGAAUAUGAAUAUCGCUAGAACAUGUCUCAAAAUCUCAAUAGAUCAAGGUUGCAUAAUAUAUCAGACAGUCUUAAAUGUGUUGGUCUGCGAUGGAACAAGACAACAGCACAUCAGCACUGAACCAAGAAAAAACAAGAAGAAAUGAGAGAGAAUUCUUAACAUGUUGCUGUGUAGAUGCUUCAGUCAGUUCUUUAUCAGUUGUUCAUUUGGUAUAACAUACUAUGGGAAGUAAACAACCAAUCCUAUUCACCUGAAGCAAACUGAAAUCACGCCCAACUGGCCAAUGGAUGCCGAGCCCACCCUUGGAAGCCCCGCCUUCUUGGCUAUAAUACCGGGGCUCACAUUCAUUUCCUAAAUUCUUCACUCUUCAGCUCGCCUGAAGGAAGAACCUGUCACGCAAUUUACUAACUUUUCAAGCACACAUAGGCUACGAGAUUCUGAUCCAACUUAGGUGUCUGUUAGUGGGGAGAGAGUACUCGUCCCCCUAGAUGUUGCGGGUUAUCGGUCUUGGUAUCGGUUUUGUGUUUGCUAAAAUCAAACUACUUUCUGCUCUUCUUGUCCAGCUAAUGCUUCCUUGCUUGGGUAGGAUUUGUGUUUGCUAAAAAUCCACUACUUUCUGCUCUGCUUGUAUAGCCAGUGCUUCCUUACUUGAGUAAGAUGGUUAGUGGUAAGAGUAAGUUAAAAAAGGCUAACCAGCUGAGUUUGAACCUCCGACUGUGCCCUAGGGCUGUCCCUGACAAAAAAGAAAAAAAAUGGAUUGGUCGAAAUGUUCAAACGUGUAUUUUUCCAUAUAUAGACACAUCCUAUAUGUUUUAAUCAAAUCAACUAUAUGCAGUGAGCUUGUCUGAUGCUUUAAGUGCACUGUUUGAUUAAAUAAUUAAGACACACAAAUGACUAAAGGGAGUCCGACCACAAAUGAUUUGAUUGUGCCGGGCCGGGCCGGGCUCAGACUUGCUGCACUGUGUUAAAAGAAAUGACAGCGAAUGACUGUGUGACUAGCACCAAUUGUCUCCCUCUCCUCCCUGCUGCAGUGACCACCACAGAACAUCAACAGUGUUUAUCGCGCUGUCCUUGUUGCUGAAUAGAUGCAGAGGACGUGACAAAUAAACUCAAAAUGGGGGAAUGUUUACUGGUUACUCAGGAGGUAAAGGGGAAGUCAGACGUGUGGAAUACAUUUGACUAGUUGUGAAAAAUACUGGAGAUCAAGAAAAAGAAGGUAAGGAGCAAGCGCUGGGUGCAAAUUAUGUGUGCCAAACAGGUGCUGUUAGAUUACAAUAUAAUUUCUCUAACCGUUUGGAACAAUGUAAACAAUACUAAAUCAAUUAUAAGCGUACUAAAGAGUCUGUAAUUAUUAUUUCUAUUUUUUGUAAAGCCUUUAUUACAGCAAAGACCAAAACCAGUCGCAUUCAUUCAUGAAUGCAAUUUCCAAAAUGGAACGGUUUAUUUAUUGUGUACGCUAAUUAUUCAAGGGUCACGUUAUUUUAUUUUAAAACUAAAAUGCUUGAUUGCAUUUCAAAUCAUGAAUGACUCGAAUGCUGUGUGAUGACAUGAACGAAUGAAUGAUUGAUUCAUACAGUACUGUAGCUUAUAUAAGUAUUGAAAUAUAAGCCUAAGUAAGUUACGGUAUUAAGACUAAACAAGAUGCUGACUUAGGCCUACAGCUCGAUGGUGGUUAUACAAGGCUGCUAUACUAAGCCUACUAAUGAUAAUGACAUUACUUAUUAUUAUAAUAAUGAUGAUUUUAACAAUAAUAGUAAUAAUAACAAUAAGGAGAAAAAGAAAAAGGAGGGUUAUUAUUAUUAUUAUUAAUAAUAUUAUUAUAACUAUAGUUUUUCUGGAAAUUUGGAACAGUGUAAACCACACUAAAUAAAUUAUAAAUAAUACCAGAGAGGCUGUUCUAAUGAAAAAAAAGUGUAAGGCCUUUAUUACACCAUAGCAAAGAUUAAAAACAGCCACAUUUGUGAAAUUGUUUAUCCGACAUGUUGGGGUUGGUGCUCACAGAGGCUUGGUGCUCACGGAAUCAGUAGGCUAUUAAACAAACACUCAAACAGGCAACAGAAGCAGGAUCUGUUUUAUUUCUGUAGAUGUAUAUGGAUGAUUUAUAAAGCCAGGCACAUUUAACAGUUAGGCUAUUGAUUAUAGACCUAAUUAAGUUGGUUUCCUCUGUCCUCACUUUUCUUAGACCAUUAAGGAAAGGACUGUUUUCUCAUCUCCUAACUCCGCUGCUGCCUCCACCACAUUGUUCUCAAUACCAAUAUGCUGGUUAACUUUGCUAUUAUGCACCUAGAAACAUGGUCUAGGAAAAGACGCCAAUUCAACAGCGCACUGAUAUGUUUCAGAACCGCGGACAGCGACUGCUAUCCAACGCGGGAAAAAAGCGCAUCUGUUAUAAAAUAGUUUUAUUUUUAUUAGUGUUGCACCAUUUUACAUACGUAAUAUAACCAUAUACAAUUUCAGUAGCACAUGUCCUCAAGUGAUGGAAUGUGCCAUCCCCACGGCCUCAACAAUGGAUUAGUCCACUCAGGCAGGCGCUAAUCAGACAGUUGUCUUUUACACCAUGAUUUUAUUUAUCUAUAUACAGUACCAGUCAAAAGGUUGGACACACCUACUCAUUCAAGGGUUUUUCUUUAUUUUUACUAUUUUCUACAUUGUAGAAUAAUAGUGAAGACAUCAAAACUAUGAAAUAACACAUAUGGAAUCAUGUAGUUACCAAAAAAGUGUUAAACAAAAAUAUAUUUUAUAUUUGAGAUUCUUCAAAGUAGCCACCCUUUGCCUUGAUGGCAGCUUUGCACACUCUUGGCAUUCUCUCAACCAGCUUCAACUGGAAUGCUUUUCCAACAGUCUUGAAGGAGUUCCCACAUAUGCUGAGCACUUGUUGGCUUCUUUUCCUUCACUCUGCGGUCCAACUCAUCCCAAACCAACUCAAUUGGGUUGAGGUCGGGUGACAUUACCCAGUAUUGACUGACCUCCAUGUCUUAAAGUAAUGAUGGACUGCCGUUUCUCUUUGCUUAUUUGAGUUGUUCUUGUCAUAAUAUGGACUUGGUCUUUUAUCAAAUAGGGCUAUCUUCUGUAUACCACCCCUACCUUAUCACAACACAACUGAUUGGCUCAAAUGCAUUAAGAAGGAAAGGAAUUCCACAAAUUCACUUUUAACAAGAGACACCUGUUAAUUGAAAUGCAUUCCAGGUGACUACCUCAUGAAGCUGGUUGAGAGAAUGUCAAGAGUGUGCAAGGCUGUCAUCAAGGCAAAGGGUGGCUACUUUGAAGAAUCUCAAAUAUAAAAUAUAUUUUGAUUUGUUUAACACUUUUUUGGUUCCCACAUGAUUCCAUUUGGUCUCUAUCCUAAACCUGGCCCGUUAUCUGCUUGUAUAGAGCAGUAAGAAUGUAUUGUCGCUCAGGGCGAAGUAUCUUCCCGGAUCUCUCAACGUGGUUGCAGAUCUACUUUCCAGGGGGGGCCUAUCUCUACGGAGUGGUGGCCCAGAUAUGGGACUGGUUCGGCAGGGCCGAUGUAGAUCUUACGCAUCGCAAGAAAACAUGCAUUGUCGUCUGUUCUUCUCAAUGAGGGAUCUGCGUGCUCCGUCAGGAACGGAUGCUUUGGCCUAUCAUUGGUCUUGGAACCUGCUCUAUGUGUUCCUCUGGUGGACCGGAUUCAGGCCACCAUGGAGAGGGUCCAUCAGGAGGGUCUGUUGUUGAUUCUGGUGGCACCCCGUUGGACCAGACAAACCUGGUUCCUGGAGAUCAUCCGCCUGUUGGGCGGGGACCCCCUGGAGGGUUCUGUGUCGUCGGGAUCUAUUGUCCCAGGCGCACAGGGCAAUUUAGCACCCACGGCCGGAGAUAUGGAACUGUGGGAUUGGCCCCUGAAAUGUUGAAUUUGACGACUAGGGGUUUACCCUUGAACGUGAUUACGACUAUACAGUCAGCGUGUGAUGAAGGGAACCUGAGUUUACAAAUAUUGAUUUAAUUAACAAAGUUAUGCAACACCCAAUUCCUGAGUUUCUUAUGGCAGGGUCAGGAACCGGGUGCUAGGCAGUGUGCAGGUUGCGCAUUUAUUCGGGUUACCACAGUUUCCCUGUGGGUUUGACCCUUGGACUGCCAUGGUUCAUUGAUGGGGCUGUGCGCAAACGCGCAUUACCAAGACACAGCAGGUGCCCUGUUGUUUUUGAAUUGCGGUUCCUUGUGUGAGUUCUGGCAUUCCAGACUCCUUGGGUCUCUGUGCAAGCCUUUUUGGAACUGGAAUGGGCUUGGGCCAUUGGGGUCGAUGUUAGGCAGUUCCCUGUGGCUUUGAGCCUUGGGCUACCGUGGUUCAUUGACUCUGGUCAAUGCUAUGCAGUGAGUAUCUGCACUUUACCAAGUAAUGACAGGUGUUCUGUUAUUAUGGACUUGCGGUUCCUUGUACGAGUUCGGACAUUUCAGGCUCGCAAGAUAAGUAUUGUUCUUGGAACCGUGGGGUCUAUGGACUUGGGCUGCAGUGUCAGCGUGGCAGUGCUCACAGCCAAGUUGCAGCAAGUUCUGGUUCCCUAUAUGGGGCUCUGAUAGUUCAGGCCUUAUGAGGCUCUGACAAUUCAGGCCUGUUGGGUAAGUAUUAGGGGAUAAAGGUGGCUUCUGUAACCCCUUUUUGGAGCCGGUGGAACCUGUGUGUGCUUUGGCUGCCAUGGACCUCCUAGUUUGGUACCCUCUGAGCGGGCUUGGGGCGUUAUUGUACGUCCCCAUAGAAUGUUAUACAGAGUAACCGACUAAAAGGGAACGUACAGUUAUGAAUAUAACUACUGUUUCCUGAAGGAGGAACGAGAUAUAACAUAUUUUGGCCUCGCACCGUCAGGGAGUUUGGGCUCUGAAGAGCAGUACUGAAUUGAGGAAAUGUAUGCAAGCCCCGAUAUUAUAGCCAGGAAGGCGAGGCUUUCAAGGGUGGGCUUGGCCUCCAUUGGACUGUUGUGCGUGAUUUCAGAUUUCUUCAGGUGAAUAGGAUUGGUCGUUGACUUCCCAUAGCAUGUUAUACCUCCUUCGUGCCAUCAGGGAACAGUAGUUAUAUUCAUAACUGUACGUUUCCACUCAUCUGAAACAACAACGCUGUCUACCGUCUCAUGACAUGGAAUUGUUCAUUCACUAUUCAUUAUUUUCUCCACAGAUUGGAUAUUGGAACGAAGUUGACAAAAUGGCUGUCACAAAAUCAGACGUGUUUCCGAAUGACACAACAGGAAUGGAAAACAAAACUGUCAUUGUGACCACCAUCUUGGUAAUUACUUAUCAUUGACUCUAUUCAUACCAACUGACUCUUUAAUACACAACAAUUGGAUUGAAAAUCCUUGGAUUCGUUUCUUACUUAGCAAUUGUUAGUCCAUAGAAUCAUGUUUUUAUAGUAUUACAGUGACACUGAGGCGGUUCUAAUAUGGACACUGUACAUACACAAACAAACCCAUAGUAGUCUAUGUCUAUUUAUGAGCUGUUCAUUCCUUCAGUGAAAGCCUCUAAAUGUACACAGCUAGCAUGUAUACCAUGAUGUAAAGGCUAAAGGCAGUAUUUUUGGUUUUCACCCUCAGGAAGCCCCAUAUGUAAUGCUCAAGAAGAAUGCUGACCUUUUUUUAGACAAUGAAAGAUAUGAGGGCUAUUGUGUAGAUCUGGCUGCUGAGAUAGCCAAGCACUGUGGCUUCAAAUACCAACUGAAAAUUGUAGGGGAUGGAAAAUACGGAGCCCGAGACGCUGAGACCAAGAUCUGGAACGGAAUGGUGGGAGAGCUUGUCUAUGGGGUAAGAAAAGAGAUGCAUGGACCUUCUAAUAUUGAUCAAAUCCAAUAACUUGCUGUAUACAAACAUCCCCAGUAGUUCCCUUUAAAUACUACUAAAGCCCACCCUGUUUCCCUAGAACAAUAACAUUAGCUCUUUAUAACAUCAAGCUCUUUCCCCCUCUCCUCCCCAGAAAGCUGAUAUAGCUGUGGCACCGUUGACCAUCACCCUCGUCCGAGAAGAAGUAAUUGACUUCUCCAAGCCCUUCAUGUCACUGGGUAUCUCCAUCAUGAUCAAGAAACCCCAAAAGUCAAAACCUGGGGUCUUCUCCUUCCUGGACCCUCUGGCCUAUGAAAUCUGGAUGUGUAUCGUGUUUGCCUACAUCGGUGUGAGCGUGGUGCUCUUCCUGGUCAGUCGAUUCAGCCCAUACGAGUGGCACACAGAGGAGUACGAGGAUGGCCAGAUCCAGACUAAUGAGUCUACCAACGAGUUUGGGAUAUUCAACAGUCUCUGGUUCUCCCUCGGCGCCUUCAUGAGACAGGGCUGUGACAUCUCGCCUAGGUGGGUCUCAAACUGCCUCCUGAUUGUAUGUUGUUAGGCUGGCUCAGUGUGACUGACUCGUAUUCUUACAAUGAUAUUCUUGCUGAAUUUCCCAACCUCGCAACUCAUGCUACAAUGACGAUCUAAUCAUCCCCAGCUUCCAUUUGUCCCCCCUCCUCUCCCCUGUAACUAUUCCCCAGGUUGUUGUUUUAAAUGGCAAUGUAUUCUCAAGCAUCUUACAGUGUAAUAUAAGCAGAUAAAGAUAUACAGUGCAUUCGGAAAGUAUUCAGACCCCUUGACUUUUUCCACAUUUUGUUAUGUUACAGCCUUAUUCUCAAAUGGAUUAAAUUGUUUUUUGCCCUCAUCAAUCUAGAUAAAAUACCCCAUAAUGACAAAGCAAAAACAGGUUUAGACAUUUUUGUUAAUUUAUUACAAAUAAAAACCUGAAAUAUCACAUUUACAUAAGUAUUCAGACACUUUAUUCAGUACUUUGUUGAAGCACCUUUGGCAGUGAUUACAGCCUCGAGUCUUCUUGGGUAUGAUGCUACAAGCUUGGCACACCUGUAUUUGGGGAGUUUCUCCUAUUCUUCUCUGCAGAUCCUCUCAAGUUAUGUCAGGUUGGAUGGGGAGCAUCGCUGCACAGCUAUUUUCAGGUCUCUCCAGAGAUGUUCGAUCGGGUUCAAGUCCGGGCUCUGGCUGGCCCACUCAAGGACAUUCAGAGACUUGUCCUGAAGCCACUCCUGCGUUGUCUUGGUUGUGUGCUUAGGGUCAUUGUCCCGUUGGAAGGUGAACCUUUAGGUAUUCAUCAAGGAUCUCUCUGUAUUUUGCUCCGUUCAUCUUUCCCUCGAUCCCGACUAGUCUCCCAGUCCCUGCCGCUGAAAAACAUCUCCAUAGCAUGAUGCUGCCACCACCAUUCUUCACCAUAGGGAUGGUGCCAGGUUUCCUCCAGACGUGCGCUUGGCAUUCAUGCUAAAGAGUUCAAUCUUGGUUUCAUCAGACUAGAGAAUCUUGUUUCUCAUGGUCUGAGAGUCCUUUAGAUGCCUUUUGGCAAACUCCAAGCAGUCUGUCAUGUGCCUUUUACUGAGGAGUGGUUCCGUCUGGCCAAUCUACCAUAAAGGCCUGAUUGGUGGAGUGCUGCAGAGAAGGUUGUCCUUCUGGAAGGUUCUCCCAUCUCCACAGACGAACGCUGGAGCUCUGUCAGAGUGACCAUUGGAUUCUUGGUCACCUCCCUGACCAAGGCCCUUCUCCCCCGAUUGCUCAGUUUAGCCGGGCGGCCGGCUCUAGGAAGAGUCUUGGUGGUUCCAAAUUUCUUCCAUUUAAGAAUUAUUGAGGCCGCUGUGUUCUUGGGGACCUUCAAUGCUGCAGAAAUUUUUUGGUACCCUUCCCCAGAUCUGUGCCUCAACAGAAUCCUUUCUCUGAGCUCUACAGACAAUUCCUUCGACCUCAUGGCUUGGUUUUUGCUCUGACAUGCACUGUCAACUGUGGGACCUUAUAUAGACAGGUGUGUGCCUUUCCAAAUCAUGUUCAAUCAGAUGAAUUUACCACAGGUGGACUCCAAUCAAGUUGUAGAAACAUCUCAAUGUUGAUCAAUGGAAACAUGAUGCACCUGAGCUCAAUUUCGAGUUUCAUAGCAAAGGGUUUGAAUACUUAUGUAAAUAAGGUAUUUCAGUUUUUUAUUUUGCCAAAAAAUUAUAAAAACCUGUUUUCACUUUGUCAUUAUGGGGUAUUGUGUGUAGAUUGAUGAGGGAAAACUUUAAUUUAAUCAAUUUUAGAAUAAGGCUGUAAUGUAACCAAAUGUGGAAAAAGUCAUGGCGUCUGAAUACUUUCCGAAAAAUAUAAAUGCAACAUUCAACAGUUUCAAAGAUUUUACUGCGUUACAGUUCAUAUAAGGAAAUCAGUCAAUUGAAAUAAAUUCAUUAGGCCCUGAUCUAUGGAUUUCACAUGACUGGGAAUAUAGAUAUGCAUCUGUUGGUCACAUAUACCUUUUUUUUUUAAAGGUAGGGACGUGGAUCAGAAAACCAGUCAGUUUCUGGUGUGAUCACCAUUUGCCUCAUGCAUUGCGACACAUCUCCUUCGCAUAGAGUUGAUUAGGCUGUUGAUUGUGGCCUGUGGAAUGUUGUCCCACUCCUCUUCAAUGGCUGUGCGAAGUUGCUGGAUAUUGGCGGGAACUGGAACACGCUGUCGUACAAGUCGAUCUAGAGAAUCGCAAACAUGCUCAAUGAGUGAUAUGUCUGGUGAGUAUGCAGGCCAUGGAAGAACUGGGACAUUUUCAACUUCCAGGAAUUGUGUACAGAUCCUUGUGACAUGGGGCCGUGCAUUAUUAUGCUUAAACAUGAGGUGAUGGCGGCGGAUGAAUGGCACGACAAUGGGCCUCAGGAUCUCGUCAUGGUAUUGCUGUGCAUUCAAAUUGACAUUGAUAAAAUGCAAUUGUGUUCGUUGUCCGUAGCUUAUGCCUGCCCAUACCAUAAUCCCACCUCCACCAUGGUACACUCUGUUCACAACGUUGACAGCAGCAAAUUGCUCGCUCACAUGACGCCGUACACGUGGUCUGCGGUUGUGAAGCCGGUUGGACGUACUGCCAAAUUCUCUAAAAUGAUGGAGGCGGCUUAUUGUAGAGAAAUGAACAUUAAAUUAUCUGGCAACAGCUCUGGUGGACAUUCCUGCAGUCAGCAUGCCAAUUGCACACUCCCUCAAAAUCUGAGACAUCUGUGGCAUUGUGUUGUUUGACAAAACUGCACAUUUUAGAGUGGCCUUUUAUUGUCCCCAGCACAAGGUGCCCCUGUGUAAUGAUCAUGCUGUUUAAUCAGCUUCUUGAUAUGCCACACCUGUCAGGUGGAUGGAUUAUCUUGGCAAAGGAGAAAUGCUUACUAACAGGGAUGUAAUCAAAUUUAUGCAAAACAUUUGAGAGAAAUAAGCUUUUUGUGGAACAUUUCUGGGAUCUUUUAUUUCAGGUCCUGAAACAUGGGACGAACACUUCACAUGUUGUGUUUAUAUUUUUGUUCAGUGUACAUUAACAAUACCUCUCCAAACUUUAUUUCAGGACAUGACACCUGGAUUUAUUCAAUUCUCUGUUGAGUGAUAUAAAAUAGCUAGUAUUUUAUACAACUUGGAAUCAUCCUGAUAAGAUCCCUUCCAUUUAAUACACAUCCUGUACACUCCUGGCAGUCCUUGUGCCCCUUGACAUACAGUUUAUUAUGUAAGCAGACGUGCCAUGGCUUGAAAUAUCAUAGUCCCAGCUGUAAUUAAUUCAGUGUCAUAUUAGUGCUCGGUGUAUAGUGAUUUAAUGAGGUGUGAAUGCAGCCGAUUAUAUUAAGCAGGCUCCCACUUUGCACCAGAGAGGGGACAGUCAGUCACAUGAAUUCCUGGGAGAUUUGUCAUCAAGACAUCAACUAUUACCCACCGCAUCCCUUUACACAUGACUGGGCCUUGAUGUUGUUUACUGGGAGAGCUAACGCUGUAUAUUGGCUCCAGGGUGCUCAGUUUCCCUUGCCAUGUCAUUACCGGAGAUAUCACUGAUUUAUGUGUAUGGUCAAACCAUUUCUUUAUGCUCCAUCAAUCAGCUAUGAGUUGAAUGUAUGUAUCCUCUAUCUUCAAAGGCAUGUGUGGAUGUUUGGUGUUGGAAAGAGGGAUUUGAGGACAAUUCAGGCUGAUUUCCCUUUGAAGUUUUGCGUGUUAUAGUGACCUAUCACCUCUGAACAGCUUGUACUCAAUAUACUGACAACAUUUACAUUUUGUAAUGUUUUACUAACCUUUUGGAGCUAUUAUCUAGUAAAGGUUUUGGACAUUUCUUGUUGCACAACAAGCCAGGAAACAGUCUUAAGCCAUCAAAUGAAUCGAUUGUGGUCCACCAGUGGGUUUGACCAUCCAUUUGGGAAACAGGGAUCUAAUAACUAGUUUUUUCAUUUUUCACUAGAUCCCUCUCUGGGCGUAUUGUCGGUGGGGUAUGGUGGUUCUUCACCUUGAUCAUCAUCUCCUCCUACACGGCCAAUCUGGCUGCCUUCCUCACUGUUGAGAGGAUGGUGUCGCCCAUAGAGAGUGCUGAGGAUCUGGCGAAGCAGACCGAGAUUGCCUAUGGAACACUGGACUCCGGCAGUACCAAGGAGUUUUUUAGGGUAAGAGACAGAAAUGUACUUAGAAAUCCCAUGGUAAUAUGGUAAUUACACAGUAAUAACUUAUAAAUUACGGAAAAUGUGUUGCUUCUUAACUGAUAGGUCUGUAUUUGUCCUCUCCACCCUCCAGCGCUCCAAAAUUGCCCUAUUCGAUAAGAUGUGGACUUACAUGCGGAGCGCAGAGCCCUCUGUGUUCGUGAAAACCACAGCAGAGGGGGUGCUGCGGGUGCGCAAGUCCAAGGGCAAAUAUGCCUAUCUGCUGGAGUCCACCAUGAACGAGUACAUCGAGCAGCGGAAGCCGUGCGACACCAUGAAGGUUGGCGGCAACCUGGACUCCAAAGGCUAUGGGAUCGCCACGCCCAAAGGAUCCUCAUUAAGGUGGGUGGAAUAGUAUAACAAUGUUGUUCCUAAUGUUGUUAUAGUAUCCCACCUACCCUGAUGUAGCUUUGCUUAUGUGUUCUGGUUUGUAUAAGGAGAUGAGGUAAAACCCCUUAAAAUAUAAAAAGCCUUGUAAUUUAUUGUAAGUCGAUAAAUUGCAAACAAAUUUAGAAUAUUUUAAAAAAAUUUGUAAUGAUUUUUUGAAUGCAUUGUCCAUUUAUAUAUGGUUUCUCUAUUUAGAAUGAAUUCAUUACCAAUUUGAAUGAUUGAUAAUGAUAAUGAUAAUGAUCAUGAUAUUGAUAAUGAUAAUGAUAAUGCCACAUCCCUAUUAUCCAGCCUUACACAGGUCUGUCUCAGAAUCUCUCUCUGUCCAGUUUGUCUUUGCUUAAAUGUCUUUUUAAUGUUUAGAAUGCCUAAAGUUUGCCUAAUAUUUUUCCUGUCGUUAUACCCUUCUACUCUCAAUUGGUUAACCUGGAUUGAUUGAUUGAUUGAUUUUGAUUGAUUGAGUGACUGUUUAGAACUGUUUACUAGUUAGUCAAUGUAGGAAUGUAUAAUUGAGCUUGAAAUGUUUUGCAAAACCCUUGCAGUACACACCUUUUGUUUAAUAAGUGUUAAAUGAACAUUUCCUUUGUGAAAGAAUCCGGCCGUUCAAACAAAAUGUAGCUUACAUAUACCAUGUGGCACUGCUUGGGUUUCCAUAUUACUGCCAUAUGUUAAGAUAUAUUGACUUCAGAUAUAGGGACUAGUCAAGAUAUUCUAUAUGCCAACUCUCAUUGUGAAAAAUAUUCAAUCCAGAUUUUUGGGGACAGAAAUUUGAACACAUUUCAUACAAAAAUUGUAUGAUAGAAAAUUGCCUUUUAAUUGGAAAUUUGGAAAACAAUCCCCCCUUACACACCAUUUACUCUCAGGGAAGACUUUAGAUGGGGCAUUUAGGGCUCAGGGAAAAUAGAGAAAAUGUUACAUGUAUAUUAUUUUAUAUUUUUCUACAUAUUUAUCUAACCAUAUCUUUCUUCCGCUACUGCUGUUUUGCUAUCUCUCUUUUAGUGGAGUCACUUGCAAGCCACUGUUAUAUGUAUGUUGUGGAUGUGAGUACAUUGCUGUAGUCACUAGAGCUCCCCAUUUUUUUAGCACUGUCCUCUCUGUUGUGUUACUGCUAAGCUCUGCCACCUUUGCCAAACGUUGACGUUUCUUUGACUAUUGUUUUGCCCCAGAUUUUUCUCUCAAUCUAGCUCUUGUGUGACAUAACAGCCACAUUAUUGGGGAGGGGAAAUCAAGUCUUCCAUUUUAUUACUGUUAAAGAAAAAAAGAAUUGGUCUAAAAAAAGACGAUAAGAGUUAAAGAAGUAAUAGAGGGAACAAUUGAUAAGUGGCUCACCCUGUCUUACAAGUAUGUUUUAUUGUUUCAAGAAAUGCGGUUAACCUCGCAGUACUAAAACUGAAUGAGCAAGGCCUG